AUGGACAUCAGUAACAAUGAUUCUCAAGAAACUAGCAAUUACACAACAAUCCUUGACCCGGACGAGUCGUUCAUGGUGUCUUUCAAAGCUGCGGCAGCGGCAGUCACAGAACUGUAUACAAAAGGAGCGAAUCAAAGGCGUCAAGCUUUUCAAAAUGGAUAUCAAAAGUGUUUGGAGGACUUGAUGAACUUUCCGAAUGCUGCCAUGAUGUAUAAUCACCCGAAUCAGCGUGAAAUUGAUAACAUUGACACUGGUCAAGAAGGUGGAAUCGGUACUCUGAUGGGAAAUGAUAGUCUAAAACGUAGAUUGAAUGAACAGAAUUUCAUGGGACGCCCGAUGACGGAUCUUUCAUUCUUUGAACACCCUUUACCGCCUGUCAAACGUGGAAGAUUACGCAAAGAAGAGUAA